AUGGAAAAUGCGCAGAGGUUCAAAGUUUCCUUCACGGGCAACAAAGAAGAAAGUGCAGCAAGUAAGAACAUUUUGUGUCUACCGUUAAUUAUCGAACUAGCGCCCUUCUUUUAAUAUGAAGCAGCCCCCUCAACUCCCCCCCUCCACUUCGAAUCAACUCACUUUGCCCCCAGAGGAUAAAGAUAUGAAUCCAGUGUCCCUUCAAAUAAGCGUUCCUCCAACUAUCUCCCAAGAAAGACAGAAAAACACUGAAUAUACGUUAUAUAAGUAAAAAAGAAUGGUUUCGGAUACCAGAUACUUACGUUCUAGUAAGCUGUCGAUUGACUGUCAAGUUUGUAUCUAAAGUCGACUCCCGAUAAUUCGAGCCUUCAAGGGAGAUAGAAAAAAGUUCGAUUUAUCGAGGGUUUUUUUUGUUUGUUUUUACUAGCUUUUCUGGACACAGACCUGCCCAGAGGGAAUAGGCACGAAAGGGGCUCAUAGGUCCCAUGCAAGGUGCCAUCCCUACCCAAUCCCACAACACGUAAAAGUUGGCCACACCACCGGGGUCUACGUCCCCAACCUCGUUCCCAGGGGUUUUCCCUUAAAAAAUAGGUGGGGUUUUUCCCGCCUCACCCAUUUUUUAAGGGAAAACCCCUGGGGACGAGGUUGCUACGUCCCCUACUCUUUUCGAACACUGGUGUGGGUUCUUUUACGUCCCACAAGAACCAGAACAGCGAAAGUGCUGUGAGACGGGACCUACAGUUUUUCGUCCUUAUCCGAAAAGACUAGAAAGUCUAACCAUUUCCAGGAGUCAUUACAAAGGCAGCACUUUCUUCUCAGUUAUUUAAAGACCCUGAGUGUUGGUCCGGCUAGGGUUUGAGCCCGCGACCUCCCGCUCAGCAGGCCGGCGCUCUCCCAACAGAGCUAACCAGGCGGCGGUAAAAUUAUAUGGAAAAUGGUCUCAAGGGAAAUGAAAAUUGCUUCGAGUUAGCGGGAGGUUCGAGUUAACGGGAAUCGACUGUAUUAUAAAUAAAGACAAUAUUAUUUUGAGGCCGAAAAAAGAAAAUGAAAAACAAAAUAUAAGCGCCCCUCUUCAAAUAAGAUCCCCCUCUGGACUCAGAAAAUUUUAUAAGCGCCCAGAGGGUGCAGUAUGUAUCCUAUAUUUGCUUACAUGUACAGUUGUUAAAAUUGCCUUGUUUAACUGGUUUCCUAACAGGAUUUAUAUACACAAGCAACUGGACCUCGGUCGGCACUGUUAAUGGAACGAUGCAAUUUUCUCUUCGACCUGUUCUUUUUCCAGACUCUUUUCUGACAGUAGAGGGAAAACGUUUGGUAGUUAAGGUACGUCUAAUUACUGUCUACAAAUAACAUCCAUUAGCCCUUUAUUUCUAGAUAACUUCUCCCUUUUGUCUUGCAUAAGGACGUAGUAGAACAAACCGAUUCUCCCCUUGCAAAAUUUUCAGAAAAAAGAUCUUUUGGUCCUAACUGAAACCUGGGCCGAGUCAGUGCUGGAAACCCGCUUGACUCCAAUAUUCAAACAAAUUCUCCAGAUUUAUUUCCGUUCAUUUCCUCUUAAAGAAUUAGAUCAAUGCACUUUCCUAGCGGAGAUAUACUUUUGACCCUUUUUUUCUUGAUGCUGUAAUGACAUUUAUAGAAGAAAAUUAUUAUUAGUCGCUAUUGGGAUUUGAAAGAUUAACCGCAUCAGAACAUAGGGUUGCCAUGGUAACUGCACUCUUAAGACCAUGGAAACGCCAUCAAAAGGUUCAAAACAUUUCAGUGAAACCACCCCCCCCCCUCCACUUGUGGCUCCACUUGAGUUUUAAACAUUUAGACGUCAUUUCUACAAUCGAUAAGAGUAAAAACCAUUCACUUUUGUCACAUAGACUUGACUAUAAUGCACCUUGUUAACCCUCCCCCCCACCAAAAAAAAAAAUUGUAUAGCCAUGGUCUUCGAUUUCUCUUGGGACGACUGUAAUACCCAGGAGAAAUUGGAAACAAUGGUUAGGGGAAAUUUUCGGGGGUAAUCAAGGUUUAUUAUGGUCUAUCUGAAAAUGGAGAAUGGAAAAUUGUUUUCGAUUUGUUCACCUAUACUAUUAGGGUAAAAACCCAAAAAACUAAUCCUUAAGGGUUAAGUACCAGUUUAAAGAAAGAGUGGAUUUUACCUUCAGCGUGUGUAAUUAGGGAAAUAUACAUCGCUUCUUGAUUGCAGAAGUCAUCAAUCUUUAAGGACAAGCAUUUUUUCCAGUCAAGUACAGUUACUCUGCAAUACCGUGAUGCUCAGGGAAAUGCCGAUGUCACAGAAAAUUACAAGAUAGUCAGGACUCGUUCCAUGCCUCCUCGAGUACUCAAAAGCAGCAAGGCUGGGAGGGUAUCCUUAGAUAAAUGGAAGACCUGGAGGGAUUGUAGUACUUGGUUCAAAAUAUCAUUUGUGCAGUGAAAAUUUCCGUUAAUACUAAAGCAAAGAUUCUGCAAACCAAAUUCCACAAGAAAGUACACUUUGCCGACAUAACCAAACUAGGCAAUAUAAGCAAAAUAAGGGCGAAACAGCUGUCCAUGACUGCCAAUUGGCUGCCAUGGACAUGGAUGAUAUGGCUGUACACAUGCGUAAGGUACUGGCCAUGUCGUAGCCUUGUCCCCAGGGAUCCCUUUUGUCAUGCGCUAACGUCGCUGACCAGAAAUAUCGCACCCUAUUGGAAUGAUGUUUAGUGGUGUGUAUACUUUCUUACCGAUUUGGUCUAUUUUUAUUUAUAAAUAUUCGGUAUUUUUACUUUGCCUUAUGCAACGCUGCAUUUGUAACUACAUGAAAUUUUUGUUUUGCUGUUUUGUUUUGUACUUUUUCCAGUUUAUAGCUGAUGACCAAUAUUCAAAAAUACUCUUACCAAGGUGUACUCAUUAUUCAGUAGAGUUUAUUGUAAGAAACAGUUUAACUUGGUUUGAAAGUACAAUCUUGAUCCAUUGUUUUCAUUUUGCGCUCUGAUUAGUUUAGUGGAUUGUCUGCCGCUCCAUUGCAUCCGGCAAAAGAAAUAUGGGCAGGAGCCCUGAUAGGGGUCAAUCUUUUUUUUUCUUUGGAAACAAGGCAGGUCGAUUUAAUUCUAACUUUUUGCCUUUGCAAAACGUUAUUGAUUGAACAAGAAGGACAACUAAUUAGAAGAAUAACUCUGCAGAGGUUUAGAUUUGAACAACAACUAAUUCCAAAAGAUAAUUAAGUUAGACACAAAUGCUUUAUGAUAUUGACAACAGUACAUCUUCUACAGGCCUUAAAUUUUCUUAGUUCAGUCAUAAUGAUAGUUUCUUUGUGUUUAAUUAACGCACUGUUAGUUUGGUAAUAUACCAAAUUGUCUUCGUCUAAGCACAUAAGGCAUCAAACGGAGAGUCUGUAUUUUUUUGUGAUCAGUUUGCACAUUUUAGACGCUUUACUUUUUGCCAAAUUAAAUAAAGUAUUGUUUUUCUCAAUAUUUCAGAAUUCGACGUCGCGGG